AUGGCGGAUACUGUUCCUGCUAUUGCUUCUCAGGUCGCUCCGGUUGCUCCUCCGGCUCCGUAUACACCUGAUUUUGACAGUCCCUAUUUUCUUUCGUCCUCCGAUCAUGGUGGUGUGGUUAUUGUUACCAAACCUUUGACCGGCGCUGCGGAUUUUCCUUCUUGGUUUCGUGCUUUCAGAAUGACUCUCGAGGGUCGGAACAAGAUCGGCUUUGUCGAUGGUUCUUUACCCAGGCCUGAUGAUGACGAUCCGAAUCUUCGCUUCUGGGUUCGCAACAACGCCAUUGUUGGAGGUUGGAUCAUGAACUCAGUUGCUGAACAUAUUGCCCAAAGCUUGCUCUACGUUGAAACAGCCCGUGACAUGUGGUUGUUUCUGUCCAAGAGUUAUCAGCAAAGCAAUGCUCCACGGAAAUACAGAAUCAAGCAGAAGUUGCGUGAUUUGCGUCAAGGAUCCAUGGAUGUCGCCUCUUAUUUCUCUGCCAUUUUUGCCGUCUGGAAGGAGUUUCAGACCAUUCGCGCCAAUCAUUCCUGCACUUGUGGGCGUUGUACCUGUCUUCUAUCUAAGCGAUGGAAUGAUGAAGAUGAAGGAGAUUUCGUCAUUGAUUUUCUGUUUGGCCUCAAUGAUGAAUACGAAAAUGUUUGCGGUCAUAUACUUGCUAUGGACCCUCCUCCUGAAACUGUCGACGCAGGAGCAGCAGCGCCUUAUCAAAACUACAAAGCCUUCUGA